AUGAAUAAACGUAAUCAAGAUAAGGAAAGUGAUAUGAGUGAAGAAGAUAAGAAAUUACAGGAAGAAUUGUUACAAGCAGUUGAUGUAUUACAAGGUAAAGAUGAAAUAGCUAUGUUGCUGUCAUUGAAUCAUCUGAGAAUGUUGAUACGUACAUCCACGACUUCGAUGACAUCUGUUCCGAAGCCUCUCAAAUAUUUGAGAAAUUUUUAUCCGAACUUGCGCAAUACAUACGAAAGACUCAAAAGGGAAGAGGCAAAGAUACGUUUUGCAGAAAUCCUGAGUGUACUCGCUCUCGCUGGAGCUACUCCAGAAUCCAGAGACUGUCUGGAUUUUUGUAUCAAAGGAGCUGUGGAUAAUCCCGGGGAAUGGGGCCAUGAAUACGUGCGACAACUCGAGGCACAGAUCGUCGAUGAAUGGACGAAUGCACCGAUCAAAGAGGAGCGUGAGAUUCGAAAGCGUCUUAUACCUUUGAUCAAGAGCAUCAUAGCGUUCGACACAAGACACAAUGCGGAAAUACAAGCAUGCGAUUUAUGCUUGGAAAUUGACGAGCUGAAUUUUCUCGCGGAAUAUCUGGAGCCUACAAAUUUUGCGCGUGUGUGCUAUUAUUUAAUUAGUUGCGCGACUUACAGUGAAGAGACAGAAAGAAGACAAAUAUUAGAAUUUGCUACGGAGCAAUACCUAAAGUUUAACGAGUACACGAGAGCAAUUUUGGUAGCGCUGCAACUUGUAAAUUCGGAACUUGUUUUCAAGUGCUUCACCGCUUGUCCCGAUUCUUUGACGAGAAAUCAACUAGCCUUUAUCCUCUCCCGUCUGCAAGAUCAACCCUUGAGGUCAGAAUAUCACGGAGACGAUGCUAAGAACAUCGAGGCGAUCCUCAGCAAUGGUCACAUAAACACCCAUUUCCAAAUUCUUGCCAGAGAGCUUGAUAUACUCGAGCCAAAGCUCCCAGAAGAUAUCUACAAGAGCUGGUUGGUAAGCGGAUUUAGGCAAAUGGAACAUGAUUCGGCUAGAGCGAAUUUAGCGGCAAGUUUCGUUUCUGGUUUCGUGCACGCGGGUUUCGGCCAGGACAAGCUGAUGGCAAACACGUCGGAUUGUUGGGUGUAUAAAAAUAAGGAACAUGGAAUGUUAUCAGCUACUGCUUCUCUGGGUUUGAUACAUAUGUGGGAUGUCGACGGCGGAUUAAUUCCCAUCGACAAGUAUCUUUAUACGAACGAAGACUACGUGAAAUCCGGUGCCUUGCUAGCAAUCGGACUGGUGAAUUGCGGAAUUCGUAAUGAAUGCGAUCCGGCUUUGGCACUUCUCAGCGAGUACGUAAAAUCAAACAGCCAAAUCCUUCGCAUAGGAGCCAUCCUGGGAUUAGGUCUGGCUUACGCUGGGUCCAGAAGAAAAGAUGUCACCGAACUUCUUUCUGGAGCUUUAGCCAAUGAGCAAAAUAAUAUACAAGUGUUAUCGCUGAUUGCCAUUUCUUUGGGUCUUGUAAAUGUAGGCUCGGGAGAUUCCGAUGUAUCUUCGGCAAUCCUAUUGAAAUUAUUGGGACUAUCUAUGAAGGAACUUGUUAUUACACAUUCCAGAUUUUUGGCGUUAGCUUUAGGAAUGAUUUAUAUGGGAACCCGAGACGCUAUAGAAACACCAUCCGCAGCCCUGGAGGCUUUGCCGGAACCAUAUAACUUUGCUUCGCAAACUAUGCUACAAAUUUGCGCAUACGCGGGCACUGGUGAUGUAUUGAUAGUGCAGGAAUUAUUAAGGAUCUGUUCGGAAACAAUCGAGGAAGUAAUGAGCACAAAAACAACUCCUGAGAGUACUCCGAUAUCAAGUUGUUGCGAUCAAAGAAGACCUGCACAAAGCUCUGCCAAAUUAGAAAAGAAUAAAAAGGACGAUAAUCAAAUCGAAGAAUCUGUUAAAGACAUUGGAGUUUCACAGGCUAUAGCAUCCCUUGGGGUAGGUGUAGUUGGGCUUGGAGAGGGAAAAGAAAAUUCGAGGAUCUUUGGUCAGGUUGGAAGAUAUGGGCCAACGCCAGCGCGACGCGCUAUGCCUCUCGCAUUGGCCUUAUCCUCUUUGUCGAAUGCUGACCCAGCUGUCGUAGACGUGCUGAACAAAUACAGCCACGACAAUGACGCCGAUGUCGCUCUAAAUGCGAUCUUCGCCCUCGGUCUGGUAGGCGCAGGUACCAACAAUGCGCGAUUAGCGACGAUGUUGAGACAGCUGGCGGCUUAUUACGCGAAGAAUCCGUCUCACCUGUUUCUUGUGCGUAUUUCUCAGGGUUUGGUGCACCUCGGCAAGGGCACUUUAUCUUUAUCGCCUUUGCGGUACUCUUCAAAAAUUUUGGACUAUACCGCCUUAGCUGGUUUAAUGGUCGUUCUCGUUGCGUGUUUAGAUUGCAGAAAUCUCAUAUUAUCUCAAUCUCAUUAUUUAAUGUACUGCUUGGCAAUAGCGAUGGAACCAAGAUGGCUGGUCACUGUGAAUGAAAAUCUUACGAAUUUACCGGUAUCGGUAAGAAUCGGUCAAACCGUGGAUGUUGUGGGGAAAGCAGGUAAUCCGAAAUCUAUUGUUGGCGGUCAUGUACAAACCACACCAGUGUUGCUGUGCACGGGCGAAAAGGCGGAAUUAGUGUCGGAUCAAUACGAGCCGCUUUCCAGUGUGCUGGAGGGUUUCGUAAUCCUUCGUGAAAAAGUAAUUUCGUAUUAGUCUUACAUUCUGCAACACUUCUAUCUAACGUGUGAAUUUUUUAUAGCAGACUGCAGCGAGUUAGAAAAGCUCCGAGUUCGAAGUUCUGCAGUGGUUCUUUUGAAUUGCCUUUUGGUUUAGAUGAGUUUUUUGUCAAAGCAAGGCAAUACCAGCAAACGUCUGCGAGCGGGACGUGACAGGAAUUAAAAGGCUUUUCUCUGUGGAUCUACAUGAAACAGGUCAGGAAAUGAAUCUUGUGCGUGUAGCCUUUAUUAUAGGAUAUAAGCUGUUUGAUAAUUAACGCAAUAGUGAUAGUAACUUCGUUAGCUUGUUCGUAUGUUUUGCAUUUAUUUAACUUUAGGGACUAGCGGAAGCAAUGUGCUCUAUACAACAGAAACAUACAUUGGUUCGCAUUGCACAGUGGGAACAAUAACAUUGCGCCAUGAUCAGGAAUACCGAUCGUAUACAAAAUCAAUAAAACGUGAAAUUUAUUUAUAAUAAGAACAAAUCAAAAGGGGAUUACACGAAUGUUUUUAUGCGAGUAAAACCAUAAGAAAAAAAAAGAAAAGGAAAAUUACAGUCGUGUUGAUCUUAAAUGACAUUGAAGUUGUAUGUUAGCGAUCAUGGAGCAAGUCAGAUUUUCUUCGUGAUGAAAUUGUUACACUCAAGGCAAUACAAAGAUCUAAAGACGUCUGAAAGAUCGUCGCUUCAAAAGAAUCUAGGAUGCCUUGGUAGGAAUUGUAAGUCUUAUAUAAAGUGUGUGUGGGACGCUUUAUAAGAUUAACAAUUCCUCUCUUUCUCGCAUGAAAUGUCCCACGACAUUUAUUUGUUAGGCACAUGACUUAAGAUAAGGGGGCGAAAUGUGUGAAUAAUAAAACGCAGCUGAUUUGAUAAAACAUCGCACCCGCGCAUGUAGUAAAGUAUAGUUCGGUGACUUCGUUCGAACGAAGCGUGUCAAUUUUAUUGCACGCAUGCUUAUUCGAAUACGUAGUAAACUCAUCUACAUA